AUGCUUCUUGUUCAAUAUGAGGAUAUUGGGGUUUACGUCCUUAAAAAAACGCUUAUUCCCUAUGCACAUUUUAGAUCCCAGUGCACCUACCAAUAAUUUUAGCUUCAAUCCAGAUGGGUCUGCUGUGAACCCUGGAGCUUUCCAGCAGCAUAUUCGAAGUGAUUCUAAUCUUAUGGCUCAGUUGUUUCAGAAUGAUCCUGAACUAGCACAAGCUGUUCUAGGAAAUGAUCUAAAUAAACUGCAAGACCUUUUACGAGAGCGUCAUCGCCAAAAAUCUGAUUUACGACGUCAACAAGAAGAGGAGCUCGCCCUUCUUUAUGCAGAUCCUUUUGAUGUUGAAGCGCAAAAGAAGAUUGAAGCUGCUAUUCGCCAGAAAGGAAUUGAUGAAAAUUGGGCCGCUGCCUUGGAACAUAACCCUGACGCUUGUGCAAGGGUGGUUAUGUUGUACGUGGACAUGGAGGUUAAUGGUUUCCCAUUAAAGGUAUUGAAAAAGUUGCUCAAGGAUGAUGCCAUAUCCAAAGCAAGGAUUAAUACUGAGGACCGUCGUGAUUACAUGGAUGAUUACCAUGUAAGCUUCAUUCUUUUCUCUACUUAUUUUUAUUGCCAAAUAGAGGUGGGAUUUUCUUCAUGGAGUAGAAGAGAUUUCAAUACUUUCAUCAGGGCUUGUGAGAAGUAUGGCCGAAAUGACAUAAAAAGUAUUGCUUCUGAAAUGGAAGGGAAAACGGAGGAGGAAGUUGAAAGAUACGCAAAGAUUGCAGUUGUUUCUGUACUUUGGUUAAGCUCUGUGAAAAGUGGUUGA